UUUCUCGGCGUCGCCUUGUAGGUACACCGAGGAGCUGGCUUCCUACAUGGGCUACGGUGGGGCGAAGAGAAGCUUCCUAGGGGACAAGCUGUGCUACCACAACAUGCGAGGGAUGGGGGACUACGGCAAGGCCGACGCCGGAGAGGUCGUGUCCGUGACAGUUCCUACGUCGAAACUGUCCGAGUUUUCGAAGGCUUACUUCGACAUGACCAUAAAAUACAAUAACAGGGCCGGGCGAAUUUUGAUGGAUCGGGGGCCCCUCAGAUCAGACGGGCGGAUGGACUGA